GUAGCCGGGAUCGGAUCCAUAUACCGGAUGCCGGAAAAGUAGAAACAAGUAGUCGUAGACGUUAGUGCCUGUGUGACCUAGUGGACGAAUCGUACUGUCGGUGGCAGUUAUAGUCCGGAAUUUUUCUACUUCACACACGACCCCCGAUUCCCAAAAUAAUAACACACACACUUUUUUGUAUUGAAUUCGAUUCUUUUGUUUUGUAAAAUCGGAACCAAGGGUGUCAGAGCCGGAGACGAACGUCGUCCGCCAGCGCCGAUCCAAUCGUUCAACCGUCCUGUCGCACCGUCGAUCCCCAAUCGUCGUCCGGGUGUUACGACUAUGCAGUAUUAGCAGUCAAAAAAAAAAAAAGGAAUACGCCCCAUUAUCAUUAUUUAACUUCAAAUCAAAUCUGAGCAAAUUAAGUCGCACCUCCAUCGCGAGUGAAACGUUCAAAUUGUAAAUCGGAAUAACAGUAAGACCUCAUCAGAAUCGGGAAUCGAGAAAAAUUCAAGGACUCCAGGACUAUCAGCGUAGAUACAUACAUACAUAUAUCAAAGAAGAGUAAAUGAGUGCCACAAAGUCGAAGAGAGAGAGAGAGAGAUAGCGCCAGGAGUGGAAAUAUAAAGCGAUUAAAUAGCGAAGAGAAAAUUUGACUCAAAAAAGUGAGGUUAUCUUCACCCGAAUAACGGUAACUCGACAGCUAAAGAGCGAAACGGUACCUGAGUAUUCGUAUUUUGGUCGUGUCAGGUGCAUUUAUUUUUCGCGUUUCGUUUCCUGUGUUCCAUGUUCAAGAUCCUGGACGACUCCUCUUCCCAGACCCCUUGAGUAUAGCUCACCUCCAUAAAGUUUUGGUUCCAUACUUGGAAUUCGAGUUGUGUUCGUAAUUCUAUAUAUUUUUUUAUUUUAUAUCUUGUGCAAAUUGCCAGUUGACGUAUUGUCAGUGAAAGCCCCAUAUAUCAUCCACUAUACAAUUCAAUAUACAGUUCGUAUCAAGCAGACGGUAGCCGAGAUCUCAGUAUAUAUUGAGCAAUAUAUAGGGGUCCGCCACCACCCACUCCAAAUAUCCUUUGUCCUGUCGGUAUAAUCGGCGGGAAUCUUUUCUAGAUAUUCCCGUGGCGUUGGUUAGCCAGCGAACAAAACCAUCAAAUUGGCGCCAGUUCAGGGAACUGGUGAUGCUUUUGCCCCAUCUGGCGGCGCCUCUUCCCCGCGUCACCGCCCGCCGGGCAAGCCGAAAACUGUUCAGGAACUGAUUCUGGAGGCUGCCCACCGCCGGCGACGUCAUUUCCUCGGGGUGCGAGGGGACACCACCACCACCACCACCACCACCAGUCCGCACAACGCUCCUCCUCCUCCUCCUCCUCCGCCUUACGACCAUCAUCACCUGGUGCCGGAACACAAGCCCCCCAAGGAGCGCAAGGACAAGACCCGUGUGAGGGAGCGCGAGCGAGAACGGGAACGCGAAAAGGAGCGUGAGCGCGAGCGCGAGCGAGACAGAGACCGCGAGCGAGAUAGAGAACGUGAGCGGGAUAGAGAGCGCGAGCGAGAUAGAGAGCGUCAGCGGGAGCGAGAAAGAGAACGCGAGAGAGAGCGCGAGCGAGACAGAGAGCGGGACAGGCUGAGGGACAAGGAGAGGGAGAGAAGGGAGCGAGAAAGGGAAGCCAUCCAGAGACAAAUGGCAUCCCAACCCGUGAGCACAGCCCACGAGCGUCGCAUCCAUGAGCUGGAUCACAAUGUGGAGCGUAUCUUCGAUGUGCGGAAGCGCCUGGGCAAAGGAGCCUACGGCAUCGUGUGGAAGGCCACCGACAAACGCCACAAGGACACUGUGGCCCUCAAGAAGAUCUUCGAUGCCUUCCGGGACGAGACCGACGCCCAGCGCACCUACCGUGAAGUGAUCUUCCUGCGGGCCUUCCGCCACCAUCCGAACAUCAUCCGGCUCAUGGACAUUUUCAAGGCUGCCAACAAUUUGGAUUUCUAUUUGGUGUUUGAGUUUAUGGAAAGCGAUUUGCACAACGUAAUCAAGAAGGGCGAUGUCCUCAAGGACAUUCACAAGCGCUUCGUCAUGUACCAGCUGAUCAAUGCCAUCAAGUACAUGCACUCGGGCAACGUCAUCCACAGGGACCUGAAGCCCAGCAACAUUCUGAUCGACAGCAAAUGCAGACUAAAGGUAGCGGACUUCGGCUUGGCUCGUACUCUCUCCAUGAAGCGGAAGUCCGAUUUUGAUGACAUGGAGAACGAUGCCAUGCUGACAGACUAUGUAGCCACCCGCUGGUAUCGUGCUCCCGAAAUUCUAGUGGCUAGUCGCAAGUAUACAAAAGGCAUCGACAUGUGGAGCCUGGGCUGCAUUCUUGGCGAAAUGAUACGACAGAAACCCCUCUUCCAGGGCACUAGUACUAUUAACCAGAUUGAAAAGAUAGUGACUGCCCUACCGGAUGUGACACAACGCGACAUUGACUCCAUCGGAGCCAGCUUCGGAACGGUUCUCCUCAGCAAGAAGAUCAGCCGCGACCGCCGCCACUCGCUGGAGGAGAUGCUGAGGAACUGCUGCGACGACGCCAUGUCCUUGGUGAAGUCCCUCCUCGUCCUGGAUCCCCACGGACGGCUGACUGCCAAGGCGGCCAUCAUGCAUCCGUUUGUGAGCCGCUUCCGGACUGCCUCGGCGGACAUGGAGCUCCGACUGGACGUGAGUCCGCCGCUCCACGACGAUGUCCGCUACGGAGUGGACGAGUACCGCUCCAGCUUGUACGACAUGAUCGGCUCCGAGUCCCGGAGCAGUGCCCGGAAGACCAGCAACGUGGCCGCAUCGUCCGCUGCCCAUCCGACUCAGGGCGGUAGUCGGGAGGCCGUCACGUCCGGCUCUGCCCCCAAGGGUCUGCCCAACCGCUCGCUUUCACGGGCCAGGACCAUCAGUGGUAGCCACAAGAACCGGCCGGACAGGCACCAGCCACCGCACCGAGAACCGCAUCAUCCGCCGCCGCCGCAGCAUGCCGAGCCGGAGAGGAACACCUCGGGAGUGAACACACUCAACCGCAAUCUCACCCAGAGCUGGGCGGAGCAUCACUACCACAAGCGGACGUCCCACCAUCACCACCACCACCACCACCACCAGGAGCAGCCGCAGCCGCAGCCGCAGCCGAGGCAUCAGGAGCCGGAGGAGGUUCCGAUGGCCACUAUCACCUCCAUCAUCCACCAGAAGCAUCGCGGCAAGGACAGAGCCCAGAGGCAUGCCCCACAAAGAGGAGAGAGCCGAGGAGGAGGCGGCGGCGGAGGCGGCGGAGGCGAAGGAGAAGGAGAGUCCGACCCGGCACCUGGCACUUCCCAGACCGCCCUCCUGACCGCCGAACACAACCUGGCCAUGGCCCGGAACACCCACGCCGCUCUCCGCAAGGAACUGGCUGCCGUGGCGGCCACAGCUCCCCGGAAGAAGAGCUCAUUCUGGCAGAACCAGGCCCAGGCCCAUGUCCAGAUGCACGCCGACGCCGAGGCCCGGGUGCAGGCGCUCCUCAGCAAGGCCAAGCAUCCGUUGUACAGAUCUCCCCUCGAGAGGGUCCAGUGGGGCGGGGACAAGAGCUCGGCCUCUGGGGAAACCGAGUCCAUGUCGCCCCAUGUGCGCAGCCGAUCUCUGCGCAAGCUGCAGAAGGAGAGGAAGCCCCGGGUGAAGACCAAAGUGCAUCAGGCUGGCGAGAGCCGAGGCGAGGAGGGCAGAACCGAGGAAGGCAGAGCUGGAGAAGGUAGAGCCGGAGACGGUAGAGCCGGAGAAAGUAGAGCCAAAGAGGACCGAGGCAGAGAGGACCGAGCUGGAGAACGCAGAGGCGAAGAGGAAAAAGUCAGAGAUGACCGAGUCAGGGAAGAUCGAGGCAGGGAAGACCGAGGAAGAGAAGACCGAGGCAGGGAAGACCGAGGGAGGGAGGUCCGAGCCGGAGAGUCCAGAGCCAGAGAGGACAGAGCCAGGGAGGACCGCGCCAGAGAGACCCGAACCGGAGGCGGCGGUGGCGGUGGCGAAGGGGAUCAGCAAGCCAGGCGAGAGCUCACGGUGGAUGAGAAGCUGCAGCGCCGCAGGAAAAUGGAAAGGGAGAGGCAGCUGAUCCGCCGGGAGCGGCAGGUGAUAGAGCGGGAGCAGCGGAUGGCGGAGAACGAGCGCCUCAUGGAGCUGGAACGCCGCCAGCUGCAGAUCAUGGAGCUCCAGCAGAAGCGGCCGGUGGCCAGGGAGAGGGCGACAGCGGCAGGACCUGGACCUGGACCUGGACCAGGACCUGGCUAUCCAUCAGGAUCCGUGGCCAAGCGGCGCCCCACCACCACCACCGCCGCCCACAAGGCCCACAUCGAGACCGAUAGAAGGAGCGACGAGUCGGAGCAGUUUUACACGCCCGGGAGCACCGGACGCAUUCAGUCGGAACUGGCCAAGGAGCACUACAGGGAGAAGAGCAAGCAGCCGGCCAAGGACAAGGAGUUGAAGGGGAAGGAACCGAAAACCAGAGAGCCCAAGGCCAGGGAGCCGAAGGAGAAGGAAAAAAAGGAAUCCAGAGGCCAGGGUGACAGCUCGAGUCCGCAGUCCUCGGCGGUCUGCUACAUUUCCCGAAUCAGCUACCUGGAGGCCGAGAUGGCCAAGUGCAAGCGCCAGCUGGUGAACUUCGUCCAGGACAACCAGGAGGUCCUGACGCACCGCAAGCUGCGCUAUCAUUACGAGAAACUCCAGCCCCAGCGGGUCGGAGGGUCUGAGGAAAUGUAUCCAGAGGACGAGGACGACGACGACGAUGACGAGGAGGAGUUGGAGCAUCACCCGGAUAUCAUGCCCGGCGGCGGGGACGGUAGCGGAGAUUCCGGGGCCCAGAGCUACAAGACCUUCCUGCUGGAGCAGAGCCGACAGAAGCAGCUGCAGCUGAAGGAGUUCCUCGCCCGGGACGAGAGCAACGACUACGACCAUCCGGAUCUCUCCAACGUCUACAAGGUGCGGAGCUAUCACGCCUUUGGCGGCGAUCCGGAGGCCCUGGUAGGGGGUCCUCCGCACCAGCAGCUCGACUACAUAAAGCUCUUCCAGAGCUCCUAUGCCACGGCCCCCGAACGGGUGCUCUCGCCGGAGCCCUUGGAGGAGCCGCGUCGCAUCAACCGGGAGCUGGACGACCGGAAGCGACGCGAUCGCCUGGAGAUGCACCACCAACUGGGCCACUGCCACCGCCACCACGAGCACCACCACGAGCAUCAUCACGAGCACCAUCAGCAGCACCAUCAUCACCACCACACACCCAAUCACCACAACGCCCCGAAUCCCCGUAAUCCCCACCAGCAGCAUACCUGCCAACGCCAUCGCGCCACUGGCGGGCCCACCUACGAGCACAUGCGGCUGCGCCCGGAGGACAUCCAGGAGGCGCAGUUCGUCGAGGGCUACAACUAACCGGAUGGAACGACACACGUGUUAACCUUGUCAUGUUCACAUCACCGGACGUACCUACUCCCAAUGUAUCUUAUUACAAAUGUGCAUUCGCCUUAAAAUUCA